AUUCCGAGGAUCCUGUAAUAAGACGUAUCAGCAAGAGGAGUGAAGAAUUAACUGGACUGACAUUUGCCACGGCAGAAGAAUUACAGGUGAACACGUACGGUAUGGGGGGCCAUUAUGAGCCGCAUUAUGACCACGCACAGGAGCACGAAGAUAAAUUCUCAGACUUGGGAACUGGGAAUAGGCUUGCGACAUUGCUUUUUUAUAUGAGCGACGUUGAGCUGGGAGGCGGAACAGCAUUUAUCAACGUCGGUGCACUAGUGGAACCUCGAAAGGGCGAUGGAGUUUUUUGGUAUAACUUGCUGAAGAAUGGGAAUGGUAAUGACAACACGCGCCAUGCCGCAUGCCCUGUAUUUGUUGGAACAAAAUGGGUGGCAAACAAAUGGAUUCACGAAAAAGGACAAGAAUUUCUCCACAAGUGUUCGUUAAAUCAAUGGGAAUAAAUAAUCUAUUUAUAUAUUUAUAUUUUUCUAAGCUGCCGCGAAACACCAAAAAUUUAUAGCAAUGUACAAUAACAGCACGCAUGCUCAAACGACUCUUGUACGCAGGCUACGCGCGGUUCGGGCUACAUAGUUCUAUAAGACACCUAUACGACAACGAUAAAAGAUUAAAACUCCUCCCCAGGAAAUUUAAAUUUGCAGUCCGGAAAAAGCCAUUUCUUUAUUCUUGCAUUUCAUAUAAAAAUAAGUAAAACGCACUUAGAUCUUGCCUUAUGCAUACAGAAUUAACAGAAUUAUAUAAUUUAAAAUUAUAAUUUAACACUGCUAAAUAUUAUAUUGCGAGGUAAAUGCCGUUGGCAAA